AUGCCAAAAUACACCUGUUCAAUCGAUUUUGCACAUAAUUUGUCGACUUGGAGAUUUAGUAUUAAUCAAGAUAUAUACCUUCGAAGCGAUUUGAACAUAAAAUACUUCAAUGGAAGUCUCAACUGCAACCAUUGCAACUUUACAGUCAGAAAUUCUAAAUCAAAUAGCACACCUCGCGAUUUAAUUUUGGCCGGAAGCACAAAAAAAGUCGAAAAUAUCAAUUUAUUCUUGAGAACACUACGACAUACAGGAUGCAAGUGUACUGUUGCAUUCCUUGUUGACAAUGAAGCAUACAAAACUUUAACAUCAGAAAUGAUUAAAGACAUCGAGCUCUGUGGCGGCCAAAUCAUCAACAUGGGCAUUCCAGAGUUCAAUAUGCGAUUCAACUACUUUUAUCUCAUAUAUCUUUGGGAUUAUUACGUAGUGAAAAGAAAUUAUCAUCGAUUUGAUCGAAUUAUGAAAUGCGACAUGUUCGACACAUUAUUCCAAGGUGAUCCAUUUAAUGAUGCUUUCAAACCUGGUAAAUUCUACAUGAUAGAAGAGAUGAAACCAUUUCAUAAUCAAUUGCAAAUAUAUGAUUAUAUUUUUUAUGAUCUUGGAUUAAAACAAGGUUCUUUAGCCACUGUAGUGUGUGCAGGAAUAUCAUUUGGUUAUACUCAGCCAUUUACAAGGGCUUUGGAUACAUUCUUUUCGUACUUUGUCUGGGAUAAAGGAUGGCAUGAUCAACACCUUUUCAAUGUAUUGUUUAUGUCUGGUUUAUUUAUGAAAAAUGGAGUUUCAUUGGUUAGAUAUCGAAUCUUCGAAACUGUCCGUCACAUGUAUGAAUUUAGAAAAGAUGAUGAGAUUGGUUAUAUAACAGGUAUAUAUAAUAAUAAGAUUUAUGCUCAAGUUGUUCAUCACGUUCAUGUUGCUCCUAAACUUUUGGGAAGUAUGCUUAAAUACUGUCCAAAUAAUAACUCUGAACUAUUGAACUACGUGACAAAAUUCCGACCUGAUAACUUAACAGCAACCUAG